AUGGCAGUUCCUCGCAGUCCAGAGAUUCUUCCUGGUCGCCAACAACGAUUUGGAAGUGUCGCAUCGGGAGCGUCAUUUGAAUCGAACGAGACCACACGCCAUAGACGAUUGUCCAGAUCCAAUACAGUCAAAACUUAUCAUGAACCUACUCGACCUAACUGGCAACCUGGUGCUGAACCUGGAAUUGAUACUGAUGCCGAAAGAGUGAGUCCGCACCUGGAAGCUUUGCGUGCGCGAUGCGACAUCUUGGUCGCGGACUUUGGCGCAGAGCAGCUCGAAACAGUGCAAGUUGAGAACAAUUCUCUCGAAGAGAUUUUGACUGAGAAGAGACCGCCUCACUUGCCUUGCCGCUGGAUCUCGGUCAAUGGCUUAAGUUGGGAUGUCAUCAAAAUUCUUGGACAGCACUAUGGACUGCACAGACUGGCUAUCGAGGAUUUGAUUCACACACGCACUCGCACCAAGUGUGACUGGUACUCUGAUCAUGCGUUUGUGGUGUUGACACUGCAAAAGCUCGUUCGCAUACACUCGCAUUCUGACUCCGAGGACUGUGAUUGUUCUGACGAUGACAAGGCGAUUUCGUACGACGACAUUGACGGAUCAAAUGACCACUAUCCAGAACGUGAACGUGUGCCUUUCUGGAAGAAGCCUUUCAAGAGGUCGAAGAGGGCCCAGUCUUCACAUGACCUGCCUAAAUAUCGUGAUCCCGAAGGACUGGACAAGAUGGGAGAUAUGAUCCGAGCACACAGUUCAACAAGGGAUGGUGCACCACUACAGAACAUCAGAACGCUCCAUCGUUAUGAGAGUAUGCAGAAUCCUGAGCACACUCUGUUCAUGGAAAAGCACUCUGCCCUAUUCGAGGAGAAUCUCGUCGUCAGUGUAGAGCAGGUCGCGAUUUUCCUACUUUCUGACAAUACUGUCAUCUCAUUCUUCGAACAUUCUGGCGCCGAUAUCGAAGAGCCCAUCCUGGAACGAUUGAACAGUCCGGCAACAAUGUUGCGUCGUAGCGCAGAUGCAUCACUGGUAUUGCAGGCCGUCAUCGAUGCCAUUGUCGACUUGGCCAUUCCUGUCAAGGAAGCCUACAACAAAGCCAGAAAAGAUCUGCAAAUUGAUGUGCUGACCAACCCGUCAAUGAACACUUCCAAAGCCCUCCAUAUUUUCACUGAAGAGAUUGACAUGCUGCAAAACCUGUUCAAGCCCAUCAUCAAUCUUGUCAAUUCGCUUCGAGACCACAAAUCAACGGAGCCUUAUCCUCCGGAAGCAAUGUGGGAUCUAGAGUCGACGCCACGGAAAAAGAAGAACGAACACCGAAGACCACAACCCAAAAGGCUAUAUACUCAAUCGCCUACAAGUGUGGUUGUGAGUGCUUUGGCUCAUGUAUACUUGGGAGAUGUGCUGGAUCAUUGCAUUACCAUUAUUCAGUCGCUUGAACAGAUGGAUGCAUCGGCUAAUAACUUGUCAUCGCUUAUGUUCAACACUAUCGGUGCUCGCACAAACACAAACAUGUCCAUCAUCGCCCUCGUAACCGUCUUCUUCGCACCCCUGACCUUCCUCUGCGGUUAUUUCGGUAUGAACUUCCAACACUUUGAAGGCAUCAGACACUCGGACGCCUACUUCUGGUACAUUGCUGUACCAACGACCCUUGUCUUUAUGAUGUUGAUUGGAGGUGGUGUUGGGUACAGGACUGUCAAGACUUGGGCGGCGAGAUUCCAUCUUGCUAAGGCGAGGAGAGGUAGGAAACAGAGGCAGCAACAACUUAGAGCUCGACAGAGGCAAAAGGCUAUGAUGGUGUAA